GGCGCGCUGAGCGUGACGGCGGCGGGGGGCGGGGCGGGGCGGAGGGGGCGUGGCCGCGGCGGCGCGGGGGGCGCGGCGGCCGGGGCGCGGGCGGCAGCGCCAUGUCGAUGGAGGACCCCUUCUUCGUGGUGAAGGGGGAGGUGCAGAAAGCUGUAAACACCGCCCAGGGGCUCUUCCAGAGGUGGACGGAGCUCCUGCAAGAUCCCUCAAUUGCCACAAGAGAAGAAAUCGACUGGACCACUAAUGAGCUCAGGAAUAACCUGCGGAGCAUCGAGUGGGACCUGGAAGACUUGGAUGAAACUAUUAGCAUCGUGGAGGCAAACCCGCGGAAGUUCAACCUGGAUGCAACAGAGCUGGGCAUCAGGAAAUCCUUCAUCACAAGCACACGGCAGGUGGUCAGGGACAUGAAGGAUCAGAUGUCGAACUCCUCUGUGCAAGCACUGGCUGAAAGAAAAAACAGGCAGGCACUCCUGGGAGAAAGCGGGAGUCAGAGUUGGAGCUCUGGACCUGACAAAUACAGCCGUCUGGACCGGGAGUUCCAAUUAGCGAAUUCACACUUCAUCGAGGAGCAGCAAGCUCAACAACAGUUGAUUGUGGAGCAGCAGGAUGAGCAGUUGGAGCUGGUCUCUGGCAGCAUCGGGGUGUUGAAGAACAUGUCCCAGCGCAUCGGCGGGGAGCUGGAGGAGCAAGCAGUGAUGCUGGACGACUUCUCCCACGAGUUAGACAGCACCCAGUCACGGCUUGAUAACGUCAUGAAGAAGCUCGCCAAAGUGUCUCACAUGACGAGUGAUCGACGGCAGUGGUGUGCAAUUAUCAUCCUCUUUGUCAUCUUGCUGGUGGUGCUCAUCCUGUUUUUUGUCCUGUGACGGACUGAACUUCUUCGGACACCCCCUCCCCGCCCCCUCGCGCCCCCGUAGCACGGGGAAAUGAAACUCUCACCGUUUCCGUCCGCCUACAGAACUCCCCAGCGAGAAGACCCGCACCCAGCUCUCACUGUUCUCCUCUGAGGACCAUGGCUCAGCUCCACUGGCGUCUCACCUGGCCCCAGGGAGAGGAGGUAGAGGACUGGAGCUGCAUCCUUCCCCGGUGCCGUGCCAUCUGGACCUGGACUCCAGGUCUGGAGUGAGGCAGCUGGAGGGGAACUUGACCCCCCCGGUGCAGGUAGGAGCUGGUGGCAGCGACCCUGAGCUGCCUGCGGACACCCAGCAGCGAGCCCUGGGGAGGACGGGACUGGGGGCGCGGGAGGGAUUAAUGAAUUCCCUGAGCAUUACAAACCACGUCGCCAGCCCGUGGGUGCUUAACCAGCCAAAAGCAUCACCGGGAGGAGCGGUGAGUUAUUUAAAGCUUUUAAAAUUGCCUCCUUCGUUAUACAAGCCUUUCAAGCUCAUUGACUUGAUGCUUCCUUUGCCCUUGUAUAACUGAGAAACUGCUUCUGUUUAACAGCUGCUUCCCCUUGGCAAGUGAUUUGUCAGGUCUAAAAUAACUUAUUUUUUUUAAGGAAAAAAAAAACUUUAAAGAUUUUUUUGAUGACCAUUCAAGGCACAUUCUCUCUCUGGGUGCACAACACACAUUAGCAGAGGAAUGGGGCUCAAUUAUGUAUUAUAAGUGCAUAUGAACUUGUAAAUAGGAUGUCUUAAUUUUUCCCAACUGCUAUUUUUUUGGAUACUUCCAUUGUAAGCAACCAAAAGGCUGGAGAUUCAAAGCUAGGUCUUGUUUCUGUGUUAUUUUCCAGUCCUUUUGUUACCUUUGAGUUGUUUGUUGCUCGAAUUGUCUCAGCAGUGUUGCAAAGCCUAAGUUGUCUCCCCACAUACAGCAAAUUUGGAGUUAGCCAGGUAGUCAAUACCAAAAUGUGGUGAAAAGAUGUUCACCCUGGGGAGAAAUGUGGAUGGGGGUUUUGUGCUGCAAAAAACGGUUGCAGGAAUAUUGGGGUGACCCUUCAGGAAAGGAAAAAAGAAAAACACGGUUUCUUACCAAAACCUGCUCUCAUAUUUAAAGUUGCAAACACCACAAGACUCAGGACAGGCCGGCUUUUGCCUUCCCAUCUGGGUCUCAGAUGGGGCUGGGGGAGGAAGUUAAUUGGUGCUGACGCCAGGACUUCUACUGAAAUUGCAAUUUCGCCCCCCCAAAAAAAUAAUCGUCCCGGAGCAAGAAGCCCACCCCCUGACAGCUUCACCUCCGGGAUGCUCAGCCCAGAUGGAACACUCCUCCCCGCCGGGUUUGCGGUUCCCUUGAAGCAGCUGCAUGACCCCCCGUCCACCCCACCGGUGCCGCACCGUGCCUUCUGCAGCCGGAUGGGGAGCAAGACCAACCCCCUGCUGCAUCCCCAACCUGCACUAAUUAUUCCGGCAGUUGCUCUUUCUCCUUGCAGAGCACCUCCUUUCUUUUGGUCACGCUGCAAGAAAUACGUGGUGUGUCCUUUCCAAGGCUGUGGCAGCAUCUGUGCGGCUCCUUGGGCUUCAUACCUCUCCAAGGGCAGGUUCCCAGGAGUCUGAGUCCAACCAGGGCUUGUUGUUGGCCGGUAUUUGGACACCUCCAAUCCCCAUGUUAUUUCUGGCAUGGUUGUGCAUCCUCGGGGAAUAGCUCUGUGCAGGACUGCUCCUUCAUUGGGAUGGUGGCCCAGCUGCUGGCAUCACCGCAAGCCACCAGACCGUCUUUGGUCCCUUUUCCCUUCUACAUUUGCUUUUUCUGUUGUUGGUGGUGCCCCUCAUUUAACACUAAAUAAAUGUGUUGCUGCUGCCCGGUAUUGUGCGGCAGAGACCACCA